CAAUGAUCAAUUCUGUUGUAUAAUAAUAGUUGGUUUCGAAAUUGAUCGACAUCGUCGUAUGACGAAAAUUGAAGUAUGCUUGUUGCCAAUUUUUAGUCACAUCACGCACAAGGGUUUAAGUGUUAAAAAAGAAGCGAACCUACAUAAGUAUGGAUAUGGGGCAAGGAAUCAUUCCUCGUAAUGGUGUGUGCAUUGCCCGGUAGCGUUUGUUAUGGUGUGGGUGGGACGUAAACAAGUGUGUAGCAGGUAGCGUGUGACAGCACAGAUCCGCGUCUUUAGCCCUGAUAGACAAUAUGUUGACCUUGACGGUCAUAACUGUUAAAAAUAUGAUCUGAAUAUGUAACGAUUCAGAUCCUGCCUCCAUAAUGUGCCACCGUGGUUAAUUUCCUCCACGCAAUAGGGUGAAUCUGCGUGCGCGGCCAAAAAAGCGAGGUUAGGAUCUCCUAUAGUUCGAGCGCGAAGAUCAGUUUUUAAUAUUUACAUUAGUUGGUCCAGUCUUAUGUAUGGUGCAAUCUUCUGUGGUCCCAGAACACUUAUGCCUGUAAUUUUGCCGUCUGGAUAAUUGAACCAGGUGCCGUUAUGUAUCAUCCUACUAUUUUCACUCAGACAUUAAACAUGGAUCUUGAGUCAGCCCUCGCAGCUAUGAAGAAAAAUCCUCGAGGUCGGCCACCAAAGAAUUCAUACAAUCAGGAAGCAUCAAGUAAUGGCCUUAAACCUCGAGCCAUUAGACCAAGGCCUACUGAGGAGUUAUAUGACUCUUGGAGCCCCAGCAGAGAAGAACAAAAUCAAAUACAAGGAGCAAUGGACAUUCUGGCCGCAAGAAACAUAAGUGUGGUUCCUGUGAUGAAUCCCUCUCCUGCAAGCAGAGAGAGCUCACCCCCACUUGCUGUUACAAGCCCUGGCCCAGUCCCUGCCAAAACACCACCUGAAUAUGAAGAUGGUGAUACAGACCCAGAUCCAGAUAUGGAUUUUGCUCCUAUGUUUUGUGAAGUUAUUGUAGGCCAAUCCGAUGCCCAGGGGUCUCAACCUGAUUCAGAGCUCAGUAUUACUCCUAGAGUGGUACUCGGAUCGGCGUCGCGACUUGAUAAGUGCUACCGUUGUGACCUGUGUCCCCGUUCUUACUCAUCUCGGGCUGGAUUGUGGUACCACAAAAAAGCACAUUCAGGUGACAAACAGUAUUCUUGCUAUGUUUGUUUUAAAAGGUUUUCGCAGAAAAGUCACCUUGAAGUCCAUAUUAAAUAUCAUCGCAGUAGAGGACAGGCACCCCCAUGGGAACCAGAUUCAUUAGAUGAGAAACCAGAAGAAGGUAAUAGAGGUCCGAACUCUGUUCGUCGAUCUGAAGAGGAGGAAGUUGGUGAUGCAGCGGCUGUUGGUGCAGAAGUUGAAUUAGAAGUCACUCGUCGCUCUUUAAGUCCAAACAAAGGUUCUUCUUCCUUUGACAAUGGACGCAGAGGUAGUCCAAGGACUACACCUGUCCAGAGAGGUAGUGAUAUUAACUUUGCCCAAAUUUUUGAAGGCUCCAUGUUUAAAAAAGAUGAUGAUGUGGCAGGCGGUGCUGCUCAAGAAGCAAUCCGACAUGGUUCUGCCCGUUAUAAUGAUUUGAUUAUAUCGGCAAUUCCACCAUCAAUUCCAGCCUCUGAGCCGCGUACCCUUCAAUCAGCACAAAUUCAGGCACUUCUGGCCAAGAGCCCAAAACUGGAUAAAUGCUACAAAUGUGAGCUUUGCUCGAAUACCUAUUCUUCAAGAGCAGGAUUGUGGUACCACCGCAAAACUCACUUAGGAAAUAAGCAGUACACCUGCAAACUAUGUAACCAGAAUUUUACCCAGAAAGGUCAUCUGCAGGCUCACAUGCGCACUCAUGAAGUUGAGCAUCCUUAUGCUUGUACACAUUGUGAUGCCACAUUCACAGACAGAGCCAGUUUGGAAAGUCAUAUGUUCACUCACACCCCUGGAGAGAAACCAUUUGGCUGCCGUCAAUGUGGAGAAAGAUUUGAAAGGCAGUUACAGCUUAUACAACAUGAAAGGACACAUGCUGUCAAUAAACCACUCAAAUGCCCACACUGUGAGAGAAGCUUUGCGCACAAGAAUAAUUUGGUAAAUCAUAUGCGUGUACAUCGCUCAAGUGCAGAUCUUGCCAAGAUUGGCCUCUGAGGUGGUAAACAUUUUUAGUUUUAUCUUGACAAGAUGUUACAUGUUGAUUACUACACAGACUCAAAAUUGUAUGAGUAUGAUCCAAGGGUAAACCAUUGUAAGACUUUGUGAAAAUCUGCUUCUAUUUCUUAGGAGAUUCAACCAAUCCAGAAGUAUUGACUUUUGUAAUGUAUUGUGUUACACUUAGUAUUGUUGCCUACAUGUGCUGUCCUAUGUAGAAAGUAUUUGGCUCCUCUCUUCCUGUUUUUUUCUUUUUCUUAUUAUUGUUAUGACUACAUGUUAUUGCAGAUGAAGAAGCUCUCUUAAAUAGAAUUGGAAGAAAGCUUCUGAGAACUUAAUCAUGAUAAAGUCUAUUAAUGUUUGUAGAUAGAAUUUUAACAAAGUUGUUGCUCUCCCGCCUUUUUUUUCCACCAUUUUUUUGUUUACACCUUCUAGCAACAGUUGACGCCUACUGAACAAAUGUGACCUAGGGAGUUCCAUGUGAGUCCAAAGAUCAGUGGCAUCCAAAUAUUUAUUGGCAGCUAAGUUACUUUUUUUUUUAUUUUUAUCUGUUUUAUGUUAAUCAUAGUGUUACAAUAUAAUACCACAAAUAUUAUUUUAAUUAUUACCUUAUUGUAAUAUUACAUUACUGAAAGCUUAUUUGAACAAAUAAUUCAAAGGACUGCAUAGUACUGCUGAACAAUGAAUAGAGUAGAAUAUUCAGGAAAAGGCACCAAAUAAUAUUAGUUUUUUACAAGUAUAAAUGUAGUAGUUAAAAUUCUCGCCAAAAGUGAGAGAUAACUGUUAAACAGGUUCCUGCAAUUAUUUAUAAUACAUAAAUUUUCCUAGAAGAAUGUGUAUUGGCCAUUUGUGAUCAACUCAUGACCAUUUUGUAUUAAACAUCACGCACAUGUAGUAAUGUGAAUGUGCUUAGACUUUCCAAUCCUUUCUGUAAAUUUUUUGCUGUUUCAACGUGAAUGUGAUGUUUUUUUAUGUUCUUUUUUUAUGUUUUAAUGUGAAGGUGCACCAUAGUGGUGGACUAAUAAAAGUGGAUAAGCUGUUACGUAUUUUUGUUGUAUAUAAAAGACGUUUUGUAAGGUUAAUUUAAGUGUCACUUAGGCAUGCUCCUCAUUGCCAAAUUUGGAUAGACCUCAUUACUGGCCAAUAGAUGGCAAAUCUGUCCCCUUUAUUAUGUGCUAGUGUUGAGUCAGGUGGGGUUAUGUAUCCGACCAAUUUGUUAUGGAUGACGAUUACAGUAACAUUUCAAUCUCUUCACCAAAAAUUCACCUGUGAUUGGUCAUCCACUUUAAACUUAACUAAAUUUUGAAAAAUGGGUGGUGGGUUUUAUUUUUUGUGUAGGGUGAUACUUAAAAGCUCUAAGCCUUAAGUCUGAGUGAUAGAAACAUAUUUAACGUGGCUCUGCAACGAACUAUUACACUGGAACUUUUAGUAUUUGCCAUGUAAUCUGUAACAAUCACUAAUACUUGCACCAGAGGAAAUGCUUUCUGGAGAACACUACUCCAAAUGAUAAUAAUCUUUCUGAUACAAACUGUUUGUAGAACUAUUUUAAUUAUAGCAAUAGUGGAUUUGUCCGGAAUGUUCUGAUGAACUGAUCAUCCCUAACAUGACCUUCAAACAGGGUAUUGCAAGACCCUACUCCCGUCAGAUUCAGAAGUGAUCAUUUUAUGACAAAAAAUAUUGCUGAUGUUUCUUAUAAUAUUUAUAUUUAUUUUAUGCCUAGACUGAGUAUUCAUAGAAAUUCAGUUCCUUUGAGCAAUAACAUGUGUCAAAUGUUACCUUGAUAUACUUUCAAAACACAAGAUUGACGGUCACCAAGGCUUGCUCUUAAAAUAUGUGGUGGGACAAAUCUAUUGACUUUAUUAUGGUCGUUUAGGCAGGUCAUGUCUCUGUGAAACCUUAGUUAUACUUAGGUGUUGACUUUGCUUUGAGUGUGCCUCUUUCUAUUUGGGUAGUCAAACUUUCAGUUUAAAAAGAAUACCCAGUUCAUAUAGUGUCAGUAAAAUAUCUAAUUAUUUCUGAAUUAACCUAUGGAUACAAUUCUGUUUGUAUUAUAUGUUAAUCUUUCUAAAGGUCUUGUAAAUCAUAUUUUAAAGUGGCCUGUGUGCCUUGAUUUUUGUAGUUGAAGUUGUAUUUUUUAGCAAUGUUAGUGUCCUCAUAGCAGGGUCCUUUGUAAAUUCUAAGUUUGUAGCUGGUGCACAUUUGUCAGAAAUGGAUCUACAGUCCUUACAAAUGUUGUUUGUGGUAUGUUUUUUUUUAACUUGUCAUUAAAGAAGUUAGUCACUCAACUGAAUAGGGCAAUAAUUUAAGGGAGGCUAUUUGUUCCUCUUCAGCCGAGCGCUUUGCUCAUCUAGAAAGACAAUACAGCACAACUCAGAAAAUAGAGUGUCUAUGCAAGGCCUGCAACCCUCCAUCUCAGGAUGACUGUUACUUCACUAAAGUUGAAGCAUGACCUUGCCCUCCACCUAGUCUUUUCCUGGUAGUUGUAGCAUGUGGCCUGAGGCUUCUUAAAGACUUGUUGUUGAGAUUGAAAUGUGGAUUUUGUUUUGUAAUUUGAAUGAGGGAGUGAAUGUGUGAUGAAAUAGAGGCCUCUAUGUUGUUGGUUUAUUAACUGAUUACUUUUUCCAACUGCUUGCUCAAUCUACCAUUGUUGUCCCAUCUAUUUGUCUGUUUGAAAUUGGGUGUUACUAUAAUGGAAAUUUUUAAGUAGAAGCAUUGACUGAUACUGAAGCGUUGAUCAACAAUUACUCUAUGAAGGUGGUGUACACCAUUAUCCGUUUCAUUAAGAGACAAAAAGUCUGUUUCUAUUUGAUUAAAAAAGAGAAGAAAGAAAGAAAGAAAGAAAGAAAGAAAAAAUAUUUGCCCAGUACAAAUACAUGCCUAUUUUAACUAUUCAUUUAUAUAAAACAAGGCUACAUUUUGUUUUUUGCGAAGAUAGUUACUUGCCGACUGUUUAAAGAACUUUGCUUUCUUCUCUUUGUACCCCCUCUGGCUUAUUUUUUUCCUUCCCUGUUUUAAAGGAAACUGUUCAAGUUGCCAUGUUUUAUACCUUAAAUUAUGAAUUUUGAAAUGUCAGAUGACAAGCAGGUUUGAGGAAGCAAAAGGGCUAUUGGCUGUGCUGUUUGGUUGAUAAUUGAGGGCCGUUAAGAAAUGGAUUGGCAAGGAGGAGCACAAUGUUCCACAUUUAGCUGUAAGUACUGACAGUGUUAUGAGCACAAUACUAGUUGGAUCUAUAGCACCAAAUCUCAUGCACUGUGCUGAAAACGUAAUGAAACAUACUGCAUAGUAUGAUCAUAGCAUACUUUUAAUUGCAGUUAUUACAAGAAGUCUAGUCAUUUUUGUAUUAGUUGUCAAUUAAUUUAUUCCUUGAAUUAAGAAAGGAAAAAGGCCUUGUUUGUAGGAAAUAUAGUUUCCAAGUUUUAAAUGUAUUCUCUUACCUUUUGUGCUUGUGACGGAUGUAUGAGCAAGGUCUUUCAAGGUGCCUGAAAUCAUGAGACAAGUCUCAUGCUGAAAUGCUAGAUUGAGUAAGCCUUGCUCUCUUUAUCAUGCAAUUUCAGUAACUAUUUCUGUUGACUUUCUCUUGUAAGCCUUUUGUACAUUUCCACAUGAUUUCCACUUUCUAUUUGUUUUCCUUUUUUGUCAUCCUCAUUUGUUAAAGUCAUAAAUGUUUGUUUAAAACACAUCUUUAAAUGGAUGUUUUUCUUUUUCCUCUUCUCAAAAUCUUUGUUUAAUUUGCAUGUACUGUAAAGUUGCAUUAAAAAAUUCUCUUUUGUACCACAUAUUUUUAAGUUUUAGCAUGUAUCUAGUAAUUAUGAUUUUUUUGAAAAGGUCCUAAGUUAAAAUAAAAUUUAUGUGAUAAGACA